AUGCACUUCAAGACCUUGAUCGCCUGUAUCUUCGUCACCCUGAGCACCGCUCAGCGGAAUGCCACCAACACCACUUGCGGUGCUACCCGCUGUCCCUCCGGUCGCUUCUGCACCUCUGCCACCUUGACCAGCCCCUCGACCAUCACCUCCACCUGCGUGCCUACCCCGACCUGUCUGACCGUUUCCUCGGACUGCUCCUCCGGCGGUUCAUCGGCAUGCUGCUCCGGCAACUGCACGGCGAGUCGGUGCCGCGUUACCGACCCGAACUGGCCGUGCAGCGAGGACGGCGGGGUUUGUAGAACGGAUGACGACUGCUGCUAUGGGAAUGGAUGUAGCCGUGGACUGUGCCUAUCGACUUAA